UAAAGGAAAGGUGAGCUUAUGUUUAGUGGCCAGGUGGGUCUGGGGUUGCGCAGCUUGGUCCCCUUCGCUUUCCGUAGCUUAAGCCAAGCGCGAAAAUCGUUUUGUCCUAUGGAUCUGGGAUCCCUUCGGAAAAGCUACAGGGGAGAUGAGGAGGCUUUUGAGGAAAAGCACCUUUCCUCCCUUGACCCCAUUAAGCAGUUCUCUGUAUGGUUUGAAGAGGCUAUGAGGUGUCCCUCCAUUGGGGAAGUCAACGCAAUGUGUUUGGCGUCCUGUACAAGAGAUGGAAGGCCCUCUGCACGGAUGGUACUUUUGAAAGGGUUUAGCCAGGAAGGCUUCCGCUUCUUCACCAACCACGAGAGCCGGAAAGGAAGGGAGCUGGACUCCAACCCAUUUGCUUCCAUUGUCUUCUACUGGGAGCCCCUCAGUCGCCAGGUGCGGAUUGAGGGCUCCGUGGAGAGGCUCCCUGAGGAGGAGUCUGAGAAAUACUUCCACUUGCGACCGAAGAGCAGCCAGAUCGGGGCAGUUGUGAGCCGGCAAAGUACGGUGAUUGCUGACAGAGAGUAUUUGCGGAAGAAAAACGCAGAACUUGAAGAGGUGUAUCGUGAGGCCCCGGUGCCCAAGCCAGCAUACUGGGGAGGCUACAUCCUGAAGCCAGAAGUCAUAGAGUUUUGGCAAGGUCAAACCAGCCGCCUGCACGACCGCAUCGUCUUCAGACACCUCCAGAACAGCAGCACACCCUUGGGGCCCAUGACCCACAGAGGGGCUGGCAACUGGGUGUACGAGAGACUUUCUCCUUGAAAGACUCAUGGCCUGGGGUGGGAGGGGUAUUGCCCCAUUUUUGCCAUACGUGGAAUGUUAGUGCCAAAGGCUUUUCUCUCCACCCCCCUACACACCCGAGAUGGAGCAGAUGGGUAAAGAGUUUUGCGGACAGAGUGUGGGGCUUGGACAGGGAGACCCGACCCAAAACCCUUACGAUGACCCUGAGCCUAAAUUUCAGCCUAACCUGUCUCAGAGUUUUGAGGAUAAAACUGGGCUGGUUCCCAUCUACACUCCUCUGAGCUCCAGGCUGGACAGAAGACAAAUGAGGGAUGGAAAUCAGCUACUUCAGUGCAUGGGUUCAUUGCGUAAUUUAAACCCCUCACAAAACUAUCACGUAUCCCAGCGCCAAGCAACCCUGAGAAAUGCAAUUCCCUUAAGGGAGUCUGCAUUCUCAAAACUCUCAAAUUAUACUUUCCAAGGCUUUGGCGGUUGGGAAGCUGUGACCAUUUCAAAUGGGCUUAAUCUUACAGUUUGAAUGUUAUCGUCUAGGUCGAGGGUCCCUGGGCUUGUUGAGCCUGUAGGCAUUUUUGGAAACUGGAGAAAAGGUGCCACCACAAAAUAGUGGAGCUGAUCAGAUAAUGUUGGAAGUUUCUUUCCACAGUGGUGGCAGCCAUUUCCCUGGAAGACCAACAGUCACACUUCCUGAGCUCUUCUAAAGGGCGUCUUGGUCCAGUGAGAUGGAGGAAGAGCCAGUCUUGGCACUCUGCCUUGUUGGCAAUUGGCAGCAUGUUGAGGAUCACUGUUCCAGGUGGCUCUGUCUUGGAGCAUAGUAGGUAGGCUUCAGUUUGGGGCUCCUUAAUUAUCAGUAAAUCACGUAGUCAAGAUCAAGACUGUCUCGCAUUCGGCCCCAAGAGACCACAAAUUUAGUUUUUAAAAAAGUGAAGCACGUGUUGUCUCUUGGCAUAAUUCAGUUUCAGAGGUUAAUGUGUGCAAAGAAUGCAGUUGAGGGGGCAACGAUUAGGGAUGAGCAUGAACUGGCUGACAAACUGAAGACCGUCGCGCAUUUUGGCUGUUUCAUGGUUCACAAAGCAAUGUUCACGAACUGGAAAACUGCCACAAACUCUCACAAAUUUUGAUGCAGUUCAUGGUGGUUCAUGAAGAACAGAAAGCAGGGGUUUUGCUUUCUGCUCUGCACGAAAAGACUGCUGUGAGCCAUUUAAACCCCUGCAUUCUGCUCCCUGGGGAGCAGAAAGCAAGGGUUUAAACUUUAAAUGGUUCACCAACUGAUACAAACCAGGUCAGUUUGUAAACCAGUCUCCUGGUUUGUGUGGGUUCGUGGUUCAACCACGAACUUAACUGCAAAAAUGCGGUUCAUGCCCAUCCCUAGACGUGACAGUGCUCCAGCACUUAAUUCAGCGUUAGAUGCUGGACGUGUAAACAAGAAUGGGCGGGUGUGAAUGACCCACAAACUUAGAAGCUAGAAAAUUAGAGGGGAGGGGACUGGUAGCUGGAUGUUCUGCUUCCCCUACCUCAGUUUUGCUUCUGAUUUUAAUUACCACUGCUAUCUGUACUUCUCAGUAAAAACCCGAAACUUGCUUUUAAAAAAAAACAAAAAAUGGGGAGUUGAGCUUUUCGGAAUGCUGAAACCUGGCCUGGAUGUUAAAUUGCGAGUCUGGGUAUUUACAGAUGCAUUUGUUUUAUUUUACAAAAUCUAUACCCUGCCUUUCUGCCCCCACAAGGGCCACUAAGGCAGCUAAGAAAUUAAGACAUAGAUAAUAAAAAUCACAUUUUAACCCCCCCUCCCCCAAUAAAGAUCAUUGAACAAUUAAACCCUGAAAUAUGAAGAUAAGAACAGUUAAAGCGUUGGGCAGGAAGAAGGGAUCACUGAGGGAAUGCCAAAUGAGACAAAAAAAAUCUUUUGUUGUCCAGUCG